AUGGCAAGGACUCGAGCUCCCGCAAAAGAAAGCCUUAUUGCACGUGCAACUCGUUUAAGGGAACAGAAGGCUUUGAGCCCGCCUCAAGCCCGGAAUAAAAAUUGCGUCCAACAACUGGAUCAAGUAAUCAACUUACAGCAGUUACCAAUUAUUCUGACGACCCCUAUAUCUGAAGAUCAGACUACGACAAAUCCCGAUCCACUCUCACGGAUCGCAGAUGAUGAUUGCGAUUCCCAGGUCGCCAGUUCCAUCUUCAAAUUGCCAGCAGAAAUAAGAACGCAAAUCUACAAAUACGUUUUCGAACAAUAUGAAUCCCAAACCAACGCAUACGCCCCUACGACACCAUUUUACCGCCCCGAAUGCACAGGACCAAAGUGCAUCAACACCGCUCUUCUUUACACCUGUCGUCGCAUAUUCUUCGAGGCACGCUUCAUCCCGCUUCAAAACGCAACCCACAUUUUCUGGGGCGAGGUCCCAAGCCCUGAAGACCAACGCACAAAGCGCUCCCAAUUCAUCCCAUCCCAUCGGGCGGUAUCGGGUUUGACCGAAGCACAUAUCCCCCAUAUGCGCAAAUUUCAUUUCUACGGAUCUUUGUAUAAUCUCUUCUGCUCGACGCAUCUCCAUCUAGACUAUUUGUCUUCCGAGGAUGCUUUAUAUCGCUGUCGACCGCGACAUGUAACUAUCACGGUUCCUUUCCUCGGUUGGUCUACGUGGAUGUACGGGUUUGAACCAGCGCUCGACUCCGAAAGCGAGGAGAAUAUAUUCCAGCUGGAUUGGCCUGCUUCGCUCCAACGUCUGACAAUUCGUUUAGAGCAUUUGGAGGUUUUCUCGAGUGAGCUCGAACGGAUUAUGGAUCGCUUGAUGAUGAAUCGAAUUUCUUGUAAGAGUGAAGACGAGAAGGGCACGUUGCGAUAUCUUGUUGCCGAUAGUUCUGCGGUGCGGAAGUCGCGAUGGGAGGGUCCUCAUCUCGAUUAUUUUAGGGAGAGGUGGCAACCCCCUGUUUUACAUCUCGGUGAGGAUCCAGAGGGUGUUCGCGAGAUUUGGUAUUACAUGGUCGAGGGGUCGUGGGAGGUAGAGCCUGGGUGCUGA